UGUCAGGCAGAGAAGAAGAAGUUAGGCUCUAACCAAAGUUUCAGUAGCAGUUUCAAUGAGCGUAUCACAGAGGUCACUGGUGGAAACAUUGAUGGAGCUGAUAUCCUAUUUCAAGGCCAAUCAAACCCCUCUGUCUAUAACAGCUGGCUUAACUCACUGAAAGACAUCCCUGAUGUGGUCCGAUACAAUUUAAAGCCCCUGCACACCAUACUGCCAAGUGGUCAUCCUGCCAGCGCCGGACUGAAGAAAGAGGUGGAGACGUACAUCAAGAAAAAUGCAGUGUUGAAGAAAUGCUCAGAAAGCUGUAAGAUUGGGCAGAGGUCCAACAAAAGGGACGUGUGUGCUUGUGUUUGCAACAGAAAUCAUCAUAUCGCGGCCAACUGCUGUCCUGCUGGGAAAGGUCUUGCAACAUUAAAGGUCUUCAAGCUCUAUGCACGAGGUCUGUAUGGUGAUACCUGGAGUCAGACAGAUGGUUCAGUCCAGGUGACAUACGGUGUUCAGAAUAAGCGCACUGACAUCAUCAGUAACAAUGACAAUCCUAAAUGGUCAGACAUAUUUGAAUUUGGACCCAUAACCAUCAACAUGAAAGAUAAACUUAAGUUCAGUAUUUAUGAUGAGGAUAGUUACUGGAACAGUGAUCUUCUCGGUGAGUGUUCAUUUAAUCUGCGUAGUGGGAAGGUGAGUGACACUUGUAUGUUAGACCAUGGUACCUUCUACUUCUCCUACAUAGUAGAGUGCGCAGAAGGUCUUAGUGGUAACCGAUGUCAAGAGUACACACCCUCCCCCAUGAGUCCCUCUCUGACCAAACUCUUCUAUACCCGAAAUGGGGUCCUUCUUGGAGAGAUGAGGAAGAAGAAAGCUAAAUCAGUCAGUCAGGUUGAGGUCAGAUCAGGUGAUGAGUGA